GCCAACAGAGCUUCACUACUUGAUAUUAAAUCCGUAGCUUAUGCAAAGCCAAUAGCCAAUAACCUUGUGCAUGUGCUCAAAGAUUUUUCAUUGGAUCACAUCAACAAUGGAACAAAAUGAGUGGUUGAGAAUUAUUGGCUUGGAAAAUGACUAAAUUAGUGGAAAAUGGGGCUAGUCGUUGCCAAGACAACCCAAGUCAUUUUCUUCUCCUCAAUGGUGGGUUCCACCACCUCACUCUCUCUUUUUCUCUUCCCUCCCAACUAAACAAAAUCCUCUCCUCUAUCUCAUUUCUCCCUUUGUUUCUUUACUCUCUUCUCUCCCAAGGAAAAAAAUUGAAACAUGAGAUCCUAAAAAUCUAGAUCUAGGAUUACAAUUUUUUUCUUCUACAUCUAUUGUUCGUGUUUUGGUAAUGCAUUUGUUCUACAAGGGAUAUGGAGAUGUGGUCAGACUAGUACUCAACUAAGCCAUAUUUGAAUUCAACUAAAUCAUACUUGUAUCCAUCCAUGUCAAACUAGUAUUCAACUAUGCCAAUUUUUAAUUGAACUAAAUCACACUUGUAUUCGACUUAAUCAAGCUUGUAUUUAACAAUGUCAGACAAGUAUUCAACUAUGUCAGAUUUGAAUUCAACUAACAUAUUUAUAUUCAAUUAGCAAGAUUACUUACUAUCAUGAAGUUGAUAUCCCCGGGAACCCACACAGUGUCACCUUUUGCCUUAAAGUUAGCCAACCCCGCUUUUAGGUCUUUCACUACAAGCCGCUCUAAUUGUACAGCCUAAUAUCCUCCAGCCUCCCAACCACGAACGGAGCAUAGUCCAGAUGACUUGACUGUGAUCAUGUCGGAGCGAGCAACAAACCAAAGGCUUGCAGAAUAAACUGGUUCACAACACUCUCAACCGUAGGUCUCUCGAUAUAUGUCGAUAUCCUCCUCCAAAGUUUUCACCAACUCUUUCCCACAAUUUUUAAGUGGAUACCAUUUUCAUGCCCACCUACACGAAGCCCGUACACACGUGCCACAUGUUCAUCUUCAACUGUGAGCACCCUCUAGUUUUCUCCUUCACCAAAAAUAAGGUGGUGGAAGUGUGGUCAUGGGUGUCCAAAACAAUGUCUUGUCAAAUACCUCCAUGUGAAUCUCUAAUAGGCCAUCAAACCCGACCUUCUGCAACUCCCGCCUACAAGCAUUGUAGUACUCCUUAUCCUCCUUCCAAGAUAUUACCACCUUCUAGAGAGAUGAGUGGCACAUACUUUUGUGGCCCCUAGGUGGUCCAACAUCAUCUUCUGCUUCUCUCGCUCCUCCUUAAGUUGGAGGUGUUUGUUCUUCUUCUUCUUUUCCAAUUGGUCUUUCUUCUCAAGUCAGUCCUUCUACUCCAGUUGGUUCUUCUGCAGUUGCUUUUUCUUCUAUGUGGGCUUGGGAUGGCCCUUCUUCAGUUGUUUCAUGACGUCUCUUGUUUGGUCUCAGAGCACACCUCUUGAAUCAAGUCAUCCUUCAAAAGACCUGAAAAAUACAAAGAAACUAGUAUUCAACAUAUUAACAACUAAUACUGAAGCUAUACGAAACAAUUGAUAUCAAACAUCGACAAAACAGUAUUCAACAUUCACAAACUGGUAUCCAACAUCAAACAACUAAUAAUGAAGGUCCAAGAAACCAUUGAUAUCCCACAUCGACAAACCAGUAUUGAAAGUCAGGAACUGGUAUCCAACAUCAAACAACUAAUACUGAAGGUCUACAAACAACUAAUAUCCCACAUAGACAAAUCAGAAUUCAAAAUUGACGAACCGGUAUUAACCAUCAAACAACUAAUAUUGCAAGCCAACAUUGACAAAAUUGUAUUCAACGUUCAUGAUGUGGUAUUUAACAGCAACACAAAACCAAGAAACCCAGUCAUGCAAACUCAUAUGAAAAACCAGCAAAUUUAUACCCAUCUGGCGACUAAUCCAUAUCCAUAUCAACAAUCUACACACACAAAAAACAUACAAAACCCAUAAACCCAGUGAAGCCUAGAAUCGUACCAAAAAACCCCAAAUUUGUACCCAUGAAACCCUUUUCCAUAUUCACCCCAAACAAACUUCAAUCGGCAAACCAAAACUCGAGAUAGAGAUCUUCCUCACCUUCUCUGCACUCUCGUUGUCGUCUCCGCCCCCUUCUGUCGGCUUCUCGGCGCUUCAACCUCAAAUUCUUCGCCCCUUCCGUCGAUGCUCUCUUCCUUUGCCGCCGAACCGUCAUCAUCUCCACUCCAACUUCAUCGUCUCCGUCCCAUCGUCGCCACCUUAGUUUCGUCUUUGAAAGAGAAAAGGAAAAAGGAAGUGGAGAUCGAAAAUGAAUAACGUAAUGAAGAGAAAAGGCAAAGGAUGAAGUGGCGGUUUCAAUAAGAAAAAUUCAAAAAUUAGGAUUUUUUUUUUAAAAUUGUAGGGCCCACCCAAAACCCUCUUUCUUUCGGCUUGGCUUGGUUUUCGGCUCAACUCCAUCUUCCUUCACUUACAUGAGUCCUUCUCAGCUCAGAACAAUUUCGGACUCUAUUGACAGCUUAACCGACAUGGCCUGCAAUCCGGCCCUCUGAGCUCCUGUUAAAAAAAAAAAAAAAAAAAAAAAAAGUUGUGAGCAGCAUAGCAAAAUUGGCUGGCAUGAGCCCGAAAUCAAUUCUCCAUUCUUAUUUAUCUCGCGCGCAGAGCAUUUCUUAGUUUCUACCAGCGGUCCGGUCCACAUCCAGUGCUGAAAGAAAUCCCUCUUUCGUCCGUUCUCUUCAAAUCAAACGUUUAGCUUCUUGCAAAAACUUCUCCUCUCCAAUCCAAAUCCAACAAUGGCUGCCUCUUCUCCUCCAAAGCUAUGCUGUGAAUUGAUCUCUUCCGCAUUCCAGAGAUGCCGCGUCUCUGCACAGCUCUGUAGAGUUUCGAUUCUUCUUCUCGCCAAAUCGCAUCUUCCCAAUCACUCGGUCGUCCAAAUUUCCAUUUCUGAUACGGGCGUGGGAAGCUCUCUGGAAGAGUUUACUGGCCUCAGCGGCAGCAUUACCUCUGAAAAAUGGGAUGGACUGCUUUCUGUCAGAACUACAAGCUUCUCUGAUAAAGAAAUAUACAACUACAAAGUGAAUUUUAGGGAAAACAAUCCCGAUGGAAUGCUGGCUCAACUUCCAUCAAACCUGAAGAAUGGAGUUAUGUUCAGUGGAACUGAAGUCUGCCUUUCGUUCUCUGAGAGCAUGGAUAUCUUAGUCUCAGAGAUAAACUCCUUUCUCCAGAAGAUGCUCGUUCUGAAGAUUCCUGUAAGUUGAACUUGGUUCUCCGAGACUUGGCUGUGGAGUGAUUUAUAUUUCUGUUUCUCAUUGUCACAUGAUUAAGCAUCUCAAAAGACUCAUACAAUGAAGUCAACCAUCAUUUAUUGAUUAUUGAAGAAUGAAAUGAAGAAAUGAAAAGUAUAGAGGUUGGACAGUAUUCAGGGAAUGUCUUUUAAUUGAAUUUGCAGCUGAGUGGGUUGCAUCAAGAGGAUGAUUUCUUUCUGACCCUCAGAUGAUCACAUGAUUGAGCUUAUCUAUACCUACAUGUCUGAUGCUUUGUAUACACUUGAACAUUACCUUCUCACAUAUGAUUUCUUUGGAGUCGAGUUUGUUUAAAUGUUCAACAAAAGAGAGCAAUAAUAUGUCUAGAAAAAAUAUCAGAAACCUCUUUGUGUUGCUUCCAGUAUAUUGCAACUGAACUUGUGGUUGAACAAGAAGACGCAGCAGGAUCACGAUAUGAGAAGGUCUACCCAGCUAUUGAAGAAAAUGCUCUUACUUGUCCUGCCUCAACUAUUAACCAUCUGCAGUCGGGUCUUGAAGAUUAUGUCCUGCAACAUGGGAAUAGACUGAACCAAAAGUGUGAUUCAUGCCUGCCAUCUCGGUGAGGUGCUGUUUUUCUUCAACUUGCAGCUUUGCUUUGAAAUUUCUAAAGAUCUGUAUCUCUGUAUGGUUAUCAGGGAACAACUUAAGGUAGGGAUUGCAUCGUGCAGCUCAGAUAGCCAUAAAACUUCUGGAUUCACAAUAGAAACUGUGAUCAUUGUAAGCGAGACAAAGACGAUCUGUACCUCGGAUACAUGCAGCUCAGAAACAGAGGUUACUGCCCUUAUCUUUUCAAUUACACUUCUCUGCAUUUCUUCACUAUUCAGUAAAUGUUGGCUUAUAGUAAGGGAAAUAUUUUCUUAGCAAAUGAGGACCAUUUUACCAAGUCUGAGCUUAGGCUUAGGCUAGGUAAAGCUUGCAAUUAGUAUUUUGUGCAUUAUGUAAUCUACACCGAUACUAGUCAUAAUUCUUACCCGGGCUCUGCUAUAAUCAAUUCCUUCCUUCACAACUUAUUAGGCUGAUAUUAUAUAGGUGAUGUAUUACGAGAAUUUCAAGCCUUCAUCAAUUGGUCAAUCUUCAAUAAGUGCAAUAUCUAGCAUUGAUUGGAAGAGCUAUGGGUUGACACUGGCGGGCGUUAUGGAUCAAGAUGGCUGCUUCCUUCUUCGGUGGGAAAACUUACAGGCUAAUGUUCAUGUAGCCAUGGUGCUACAUUUUUAUCACAAACAAUAUCCACUUUAGUAAACACUUCAUUUUUACCUUUAGCUCGCUCUCGACACUUACUAAAUGUGGUCUGCACCUGUGCCUAGAUGUGAGCUGUUAAGGUUUUCCUUGACCUGUCUGUUAUCAAGCAUGCAGAACUUUCAUCAAGGCGUAAAAAGACUCAGCCUGAUAGAUCCCUCGUGAAGAAGGCUGUUACUCUUGCCAUGAAUAAUUUGAAGGAGAGGCAUCCAGGACUCCUACUUAGCAAGCACGCCCUUAAGGUAAGGCUCUGACUUCGAGAUUAAGGGUGUUUUUCUUUAGGCAAGUGAGAAGUUGAAGAAACACUGUUAUUAAAGAACAAACUAAUCUAUUAUCUUCACCACUUUUCUUUUUUACUACUAAAAGAUAUCGCACAUCUGAUCAAGCCUAUCUUUUCUAUGACCCAAUUUCAUCAACCAGUUGGCAUAGGUACCAUGGUUAUGGAGCAUAACUAUCUAUAGAUGCUGAUCAAUUCUCAGUUUAUUGAUUAGUUACUAAGCAUCUAAGGAUUGAACGUUUUCCCAGGUAACUCGACUUCCAUAAUAGACAUCUAAUUAUGGA